AUACAUGCAACGAAUUAUGGGAACAUUUUGGUGAGGUGACUAAGAUGGCUGAUAAAGAUGAAAAUGAACCAACAAUUGCCCAAGACUUGGUUGUUACCAAGUAUAAAAUGGCAGGAGAAAUGGUGAACCGUGUGUUAAAGAAACUGAUAGAAAAAUGCAAAGAUGGAGAAAAUGUACUCAGUAUAUGUGAACAUGGUGACAGUCUGUUGCUGGAAGAAACAGGGAAGGUCUUUAAGAAAGAGAAAGAGUUAAAAAAGGGUAUUGCUUUUCCAACGUGUGUUUCGGUGAACAACUGUAUCUGCCAUUUUUCACCCCUCAAAAGUGAUCCAGAUGUCACACUAAAGGAAGGAGAUGUAGUAAAGCUAGAUCUCGGAGCUCACAUUGAUGGCUUUAUCGCUGUUGUUGCACACACACUAGUAGUUGGCACUUGUAAGGAGAAUAAAGUGACAGGUAGGAAAGCAGAUGUUAUACGUGCUGCAUAUUUUGCAGCCGAAACCGCUCUUCGAAUGGUGAAACCAGGAGGAGAUAAUAUUGCUGUUGCAGAUGCAAUACAGAAGGUUGCAGAAUCUUUCAACUGUAAGCCUAUUGAAGGCAUGCCAUCACACCAACUGAAACAAUUUCAGAUUGAUGGUGAAAAAUCUAUAAUUCAAAACCCCACAGAAGCACAGAGGAAAGAACAUGAAAAGUGUGAGUUUGAAUUUCAUGAAGUUUAUGCCAUUGAUGUCAUCAUCAGCACAGGAGAAGCGG